AUGUGGUAUACAAUAGCUUCUUCAUUUAUAGCAAUCAACAUCUCAGCACAGUGUAACCUAGAAUCAGAUCACACCAAACUUGGACGAUGCUUACGACCAUGGCUCGAUCUAUGGGAAAUGAUACGAGUGCAAGAAGCUCAUGCUUCAAAUCUUGUGUAUCCGGUACCAUUCUAUUCCCGAGAAUCCGUGUUGUUUCUCUGCAGCGCUUAUCUUGACAGCCGUUCAACAUGUAUGACAUCUGAAGUACUUGAAAAAUGCAAACAUAAUGAAAUGAUAAUUUUCAUACAACGACAUAUGCGCUAUUAUUGUGGAAAUAAAGCCAAACUUGCAUUCGGGAAGUUUGACUGUCUCCACAGUGCGCUCAUGUCCGAUCAGCACUGCUGGCGACACAUUCAGGACAUUUCAUCGUCUACCUAUAGAGGAGGUAAAUGUAUUGGUAUACCCAUGUUUUUCAAUUGUAUAUCACCUGCCGUACGAUCGGAAUGCCAAAAUUCCGGUGUUCAUAUCCUUGUUGACGCAAUUACUUCAUUUGGAUGUGCUCUUCAAAAGGAAUUAGUACAACAAUCGGCGAAAUAUGUUACAAAAAUGAAUAACACCGGUGAAUUUACUGAAGAAGCUAGCAAAACAUAUAUACGAAAUGAGUUACCAGCUGCGCUUCCAGUGCUUGAUGAAGAAAGAAAUGGUCAGUAA